AUGUAUCCUUCCAGCCAGUUUUGGGGUUACGAUUCAAAGGAAGGUUUGAGAGGAGAAUACGUGAAGGAGGAUGAAGGCGACAGCUGUGUCAAACGGUUUCUUCCAGACAUAGAAUGUUCCGCAAGGGUAGCUGUUGCCUGGAAAGCUGCAAAUGUGAAAACUGGAACUACAGCGGUUUCAAGCAUAUUCGUGAUUGAGAUCGGAGAACUUCAGGAUGUACAUAAGCAGAUAGAAAUGGAGAAAGAACCUAUACACCCAAUUGCUUGGUGUGCAGUGAGUACCAAAACCCCAAGUUCAAGCAUUACGCAUCUGUCUGGUUUGCUCAAAAGCUGUAGUACGUGGAAAUAAGAAUAAGAGACUCAAUACAAGCAUCCUUAUUCGUUAUCCUAGAUCUUCUGGCAUAUCUAACAUUCUUAUAGAUGCUGGCAAGUAUGUAAAAACAUGCUUCCAUCGCUGAUUUCAUCCUGUUCGUUAGACAUAUAAGCUUUUUCAGAAUUUUGUAUUAAGAUAAAAUUGGAC